UGCGAGACACCGAAAGCUGGCUUGCUGUCACCACAUUUUCAGAUUUAAACCCAGAGUCGUGUUAGUUAGUUUGCCUGACUAACUGAUUGUGUCGCCGUGUGUCUGUCAGUGCGUCGUGUGCAGAGUUGAUAUCUGAAUUUUUAAUUUAAUUUUCGUCUUUGGUGAUUGCAUUCAAAGCCCUAAUCUGUGGAUUUUAACUUUGGAUUGUAAGCCAAAUUUCUGGAAGCUUUUAUUUAUUUUUCGAAUGGAUACUACGCUGUUAAAUUAGCAGAAGAAAUCGGGAUUAACUGUGGUGAUUCUAAAGCAGUUUUGACAAGAUGGGCGGACGAACCUGGUUGGUCGUAGCCGUCGUCAUGGUUGCAUUGCUGAGUGACGUCAUAGAUGCUCAACGUGCGCCCGGAUUUCCCGAAUAUUCUGAUAUUGGCUCCAAUCCAGUAGACAUCGUAUUUGUUGUGGACACUUCUGCGUUCAACAACGAAACAGCGGAAGAUGAGAUCGUUGUUAAAGCAUUCAUAGCCGGUUUCCUCGACAACGCUGAUGUCGAUUCUGGAGCGGUCAAAGCCGCUUUUAUCACGUACAGCACACAUCCAAAAGUCGUGUUUGACCUCGACGACUAUUCGGACAAAAGUGAAAUGGUGGACGCCGUGUACUUGUCCGAAUUCGAGGAGGGAGAACGGAACACUGCAGACGCCCUGGGAAAAGUCCGCUCUCAGAUUCUCCGCCAAGAUAGACCGGAUGUACCAAACGUUAUUGUUCUUAUUAUGACCGGGGCGUCUGACAGGAACAGUUUUCGGACAUUGCAAGAAUCGGAUGCGUUGAAGGUCGCUCGAUCAACUGUUUUUGUAAUUGGCGUGAAUCUCGACGAAGAUGGCACAAAUGAAUUAAAUCAACUCGCUAGCAAGCCGACCAUGGAUCAUUCGUUUCAAGUGACGUCGUUUUCCGAAUUUGACAUUUUGAAGGAUGUUUUAUUUGCACAGAUUUUUGACUGGGCGGAACAGGCCUAUAAUGUCCCUGCGACAGGAACAGAGUCGCUAGACGUCGCUUUUCUCCUCCAUUUCUCACAUACGAUGACGUCAACAGCGCAUGAGCAGAUCUUGGGAUUCAUGAAAUCCGUCCUCCAGUAUUCUGGUCUAGAUGGCGAUAAAGUCAAAGUCGGUGCGGCUCUUUUGAGAAAAAAGGGCACUGUACUAUUUGACCUCAACGCCCAUAGCGGUCAAGAGGAAGUGUUCGAAGCAAUCGACAAGAUCAGCUACACUUACAGAUCCAAGCCGGCAAACUUCGCUUCUGGCUUUGAUACAGUCAGGACUUUGUUGUUUACGGAAUCUAGAGGCGACAGGGCUGAGGUACCAAAUCUGAUUAUUCUCAUAACGGACGCAAACUCGAACGAAGACGUGGGAGGAACCAUAACAGCUGUCGAGAAGGCUAAAGCUGCCGGUGCGGCCGUAUUCGUGGUUGGAGUGAAUGUUUCAUACGCUGAGGAGAUGACAAGCGUAGCUUCCUCAUCUGGCUUCACUGUGCUGGUCAACGAUACAACGUAUCUCAAAGACCAAGCCAUGACGCUAUAUGACAGCUUUGUUGCACUGCGAACAGAAGGCUUUCCCGUCGUUAUUCCAGCUGAACAAACUUCAUUGACCAUUCCAGCUUUUGAAACAACAACACCUAUGACAACUGCAAACAGCGAAGAGGUAGAUCUUGUUAUAGCCGUUCAUGUCCGACAUGACACAAAACUUAAAUAUGUAAAGAAGCAUCUACAGGCUCUAUUGAAAGACAUAACAGACAAAUUAGACAUUGACUCUGGAGCGGUUAGAGUUGCAUUAGUAACAUUCGGGAAAUCUACAACAGUGAAUAUAAAAUUGAAAGAUCAUACCGAUAGCAAAAAACUGCAAAAGGCAUUAAAGAAUGUCAAACCUGAGCAAUACAGAUCAAAAGGCUUGGAAUUCAUGCAAUUGCUUAAUACGCUGGAGACAACCGUUCUUCUAGAGUCCGAAGGCGACAGAAAGGACGUACCAAACCUCUUACUGAUCAUAUCGGACGGAAACUCGGACGAAGACGCCCGUUCUUUGUCACAGAGGUCUGUUGGUAUGAAGACGAAGAAUAAUACGAUUUUUGCCGUUGGCAUCAACGGUGCCGAUGCUGCGGAAAUCAGUUCAUUGGCCACUGAGCCGGUCAAUAAACAUUCAUUUAUGGGAAAAACAUACGAUGAUCUUACAACGUCGGGGGAUUUGCAGAGAAAAUUAAAAGAGUCAUUCAAAAUAUUUGAGAAGUUAGCGAUUCCGUCAUCAACGGAUACAAAAGAUAACAAUGACAAGAACCCAAAAGGAACUGUUAAGCCAACGAAACCACCAAAGCCAACAAAGACACCAAAACCCUCUGCGGGCGUUACAAAAGCAAAAGCUAUAACAAAGAAAUCGAAUACAAUUGCGGAGUUUGUCACACUAUCAACAUCAAGACGUCAACCACCAGCUACUUCAACCAGAGCUCCAGAUGUAACAAACGUUAUUCCGGAAUUGACAUUUGUGCCAGCGAUCCCGCUAUCAGACAGCGAUGCCGCUGACCUGGUGAUUGCCAUUCAUUUAUCGGACCGUGUGUCCCAGGGCGAGUUUGCAGUCGUUCAAGAGUUCCUCAAGAACAUCGUUGCAACCACCGAUGUUGAGUCGGGCAAAGUUCAGCUUGGCAUGAUCUUCUACGGUGUUGACCCAGAACUUCUAUUUCAUAUCAAUCAGUAUACUUCUCUUGAGCUGAUACAGAAAGAAAUUGAUGGACUUACGAUAGAUCAAAGGUCCGCAACCGCAGACGCCUCCGCGGCUCUAGGCCUUGUUCGCCAAAUGCUGACGCCAAUGCACGGACGCCGGGAUGACAUUCCUGCAGCCGCGGUUUUCUUGACCAACCAGGCGUCCAAUGAAAACAACGAGUUCUUGAUCGAAGCAAAGCGACGACUAGUCGAGGACGAGAUUGAGGUAUUUGCUAUUGGCCUUGGCAUGAAGGACAAGUCAGAGCUUGUUAAUCUGGCAUCGAAGCAGGCCAACGUCAUGAAUUACGAUAACGUUUGGAUGCUGAAUGACGCCGCGGCGGAUCUGCAAACAAAAGUUCGAGCGUUUAGAACGCGGUCACGCCAGCCGGACCCUUUGAUAGUAAUGACGCCCGAAGCUACUAGGCGUCCAGAAAGAGCCACGCCCGCUAUAACGACGAAACAACCCACGACAAAACAAGCCACUACCAAACAACCAACGCCCGCUGUAACGACAAAACAAGCCAUUACGAAACAACCCACGCCCGCUGUAAAGACGAAACAAGCCACUACGAAACAACCCACGCCCGCUGUAACGACGAAACAAGCCACUACGAAACAACCCACGCGCGCUGUAACGACAAAACAAGCCACUUCGAAACAACCCACGCCCUCUGUAACGACGAAACAAGCCACGACGAAACAAGCCACUACAAAACAAGCAACGCCCGCUGUAACGACGAAACAAGCCACUACGAAACAACCCACGCCCGCUAUAACGACGGAACAAGCGACGACGAGACAAACUACCAUGACAAGAGCUGAGCAAACAACCGAGGCGAUGCUGAUAAAAUUAACAUUUCCACAUCUCCCCGCUGCUAGCGGCGGUUUGCGCAGUAAUGCAUCUCUGUCCGGUCGCUCUGACAGUAGGGCAUACACAAAUGUAACCUGUGGCAUUGCACAAUUUGACUUGGUGAUCAUUUUGGACUCGUCCACGAGCGUCCAAAUCCAGAACUGGAACACAAUGUUGGCCGCGACCCAAACUUUGGUCAGCGGCCUUGACAUUGAUAACGGCAACGUUCGUGUUGGUGUCGUUGUAUUCAGUAACAAUGCAACUGUGGAAUUGUUUUUGAACUCUCAUCUAAGCAAACGCACACUGAUUGAAGCUAUCGGUCGGUUAAAAUACACUUACGGCCAAACAAACAUUGCCGACGCUUUGCACAUAACGCGAACUGAAAUGUUCACUAGAGCGAACGGUGACCGUGAAAAUAUACCCAACGUUGCUAUCCUGAUCACCGACGGUAAUUCGACGAUAAACAUUGAACGGACUAUUCCGGAAGCUCAAACAGCAAGGCAUAGAGGUAUUCUGCUCUACGCAAUCGGAAUUGGGCUGACCGACACCGAAGAAUUGAACGAGAUAACUGGUUCGGAACAGAAUCGCUAUUUCAUCGACAACUUUGAAGAACUCGAACAAAAACUUGAGACGAUAUUCAAAAGUCUUUGCCCCGAAACCACACUGAUACCAUCAACAAUUGAAACCACAGAAAGGCCCUGCAUCCAAACCCGUAUAGAUCUAGUGUUUAUUCUGGACUCAUCAACAAGCGUCACACUUAAUAAUUUUAAACUCAUGUUGAACGCUACCAAGGACUUUGUUGCGAAAUCUGACAUUGACUCGGGCAACACACGUGUAGCGAUCGUAACGUACAGCACUAAAGUGAGAGAAGAAUUUGAUCUAGGGGACUAUGCCUCCAAGGAACGACUCAUAGACGCUGUUGACAACAUAAAAUACGUGCACGGUGAUACUAAUACAGCUGGAGCUUUACAUGUUAUGAGAACACGAAUGUUCAGCGCCGAUCGAGGGGAUAGGGCGGAUGUUCCAAACGUCUGUAUUAUAAUUACUGAUGGAGUUUCGAAUAUCAAUUCUUCGGAAACGAUACUUGAAGCGAUCCGAGCAAUACAGGCAGGCAUAGAAAUCUUUGCCAUUGGCAUUGGUUUAGCGAAGACAACCGAACUAGAUGCCAUCGCUGGGAGGCCUAAUCACAGAUUUGACAUAGAAGAUUUUGAAAAAUUGGAGGUCGAUAUAAAUGCCAUUUACAAGGAAAUAUGCACUGUGGACUUCACCACGGCCGUUUCCACGCGAGAAAUUAUGUCGCGGACUACGACAUUAGCCCCGCUAAAAUCUAAGUGCGGCCUGGCGACGGUCGAUGUGGUCAUUAUCAUUGACGCCUCGACAAGUGUCACGGAGGCGAACUUCAAGAAGAUGCUCGACUUCGUCAAGGACAUCGUGCAGUCGGGCGACAUCGAUUCCGGUGACGUUCGCGUCGGCGUCGUCAUCUACAGCACAGAAGUGGAUGUCCAGUUCCAUCUCAACCAGUACACCACGGAGGCAGACGUGGUCGCCGCUAUCGAUAAGAUCCCGUACAUUUACGGCAGCACCAACACCGCGGAUGCUCUGAAGACGAUGCACGAGCAGAUGUUCGUGACGUCACGCGGAGAUCGGCCGGAAGUGGAUAACGUCGCUAUCGUGCUUACUGACGGCGUUUCCAAUAUUAACUCGAGGCGAACGAUCCCGGAAUCGGAAGCUGCGCGAAACAAGGGCAUUGAAGUAUACGUUAUCGGCAUUUCCCUCACUGACAUCCGCGAGGUCGAGGGGAUGGCUUCGAUUCCCAAGACCAAGUACCUGUACAAUGUACAGAAGUUCGAGCAGCUCAAGGGUCUAGAGGAGGACAUAUUUGGAGGUGAACCCGGCACCGAUUGUGGCAAAAAACCUGUUAUGACAACUCCAAAACCAGAACCGAAAUGCGGCCUGUCGAAGGUGGACGCUGUCAUCAUUCUGGACGCCUCGACCAGUGUCACGGAGCCCAACUACAAGAAAAUGCUGAAAUUCUGCAAGGACAUCGUGGAUAAAGCCGACAUCGACAGCGGGAGUGUAAGGAUUGGUGUGGUGAUCUACAGCACAGACGUUGAAAUCCAGUUCCAUCUGAACCAAUACCGAACCGCCGACGAGGUCAAGGCAGCGAUCGACAAAAUUCCAUACAUUUACGGGAGCACGAACUCCGCCGAUGCCCUUAAAACGAUGCACAACACGAUGUUUACGGCGGCAAACGGCGACAGACCCGACGUGGAUAACAUCGCGUUCAUGGUAACGGACGGUGUGUCUAAUAUCAAUAGCAGACGAACAAUACCGGAAGCUGAGGCUGCGAGGAAUAAGGGCAUCAGGGUGUAUGCAAUUGGUAUCGGUCUCUCAGACACGAGGGAGUUGGAUGGCAUGGGCUCGGAACCGAAGUCCGAGAACGUGUUCAAUGUGAAGCAGUUCGACGAACUCAAUGACGUCAUCGAGAAGAUCUUCGGCGGAGAUUCCUCAGCUUGCGCGCCCGACCUCCCACCGGUCGCAAACGCCGGAAGUGACAUAGAGCGGCGAUUCCCAGUGGCGCUUAUUACCCUUGACGGCCGCGCCUCAAGCGACGACAAAGCCGUCGUCAAGUACACGUGGACGCUUCAGGACGGCACGCGGCUUCGAACGUGGAGCACAUCGACUGUAAACCUCGAUAACCAGCCCGUUGGUGUCUAUACCUUUACAUUGACUGUCGAGGACGAGAAAGGGCAGAGUGACAACGACACGGUCAGGGUCACCGUCCUGGCGCAAGAUUUACCGCCUGUCGCCAACGCCGGCUCCGAUAAGACCAUUCAACUUCCAAUCGACGCUGUGCUUCUGGACGGCAGAAACUCAACCGACGACCAGAAAAUCAUCCAGUACCUUUGGCGGCAGACAGGUGGCACUGCGGAUGGUCUAUUUAUAGAAGGGGAGGGCACCCCUCGACUUAUGGUCGAAAAUCUUGUAGAGGGAGAGUACUCGUUUACGCUUACGGUUUUUGACGCGCUCGGGCAGUCUGACGACGACAGUGUUAAUAUUUAUGUGAAAGCGGCUGAUAGACCACCGGUAGCAAAUGCAGGUGACGAUCAACAGGUUCAGUUGCCGGACAAUAACGUCACAUUGGACGGCAGGCGUUCCACCGAUGACGUCGCAGUGGUCAGUUACGCUUGGCGCCUCGUAAACGGCCAAUCCGAUGGCCUGAGGCUGACCGGGAAGGACGCUUCCGUUCUUAAAGUCGGGAACCUGAAAAGUGGACGUUACACCUUCGAGCUGACAGUGUCCGACGGGUCGAGGCAAACUGAUACCGACAUCGUGGACGUAGUCGUUCAAGCGCAAGAUGUUCCACCAAACGCUAACGCCGGUGAUGACAUCACAAUUCAGCUGCCGAGAAAUUACGUUGAACUCAACGGCGGUAGGUCCAGCGACGACGUUAAGAUCGUCGAUUAUUCGUGGGCGUUAACGUCAGGGAAACGUGGCGCUAUGGUCAUGGAGGGGAAUAGAAAAGCCAACGUGAAUGUUCGCAACCUCGAAGAAGGCGCGUACACCUUCACCCUAACCGUCAGAGACGAGCUGGGGCAGACGGACGAUGAUUCAGUGAAUAUUGUCGUCAAAGCGCAAGACAUCCCACCGAAGGCGAACGCAGGUAGUGACGUCACCGUUCAGCUACCAGACGACACGGUAACGCUGGACGGAUCACGUUCCUCCGAUGACGUCGCGAUAGUCAAUUACUCGUGGACACUUCUGGAUGGAGAAGCGGACGGUCUCGGAUUUGAGGGCGAGUUCACCGAAAGACUGACCGUGAAAAACCUGCGACCAGGAAACUACACAUUUUCACUCUCGGUUUACGACGAACUGGGCCAAGUCGACGAUGAUACGGUUGUAGUGAAUGUAAAAGCCCGCGAUUUGCCACCUAUUUCGAACGCCGGAAAUGACGUCACCAUUCAGCUACCAGACGACACGGUCAAGCUUGAUGGCACUCGGUCAUCAGACGAUGUGAAGGUGGUGAGCUAUUUUUGGUCCCUGGAAGAUGGCAACUCUGACGGGCUCGAACUUGAUGGGCUAACAUCAAGUGUGCUCACCGUGAAACGUCUGCGGCAGGGAAAAUAUACGUUCACCUUGACCGUUCAUGAUGACGCAGGGCAGGUCGACAAGAAUGACGUCAUCGUUAACGUAAUAGCGCAAGAUUUUCCUCCCGUGGCGAAUGCGGGCGGCGACGUCAUGAUACAGUUGCCCGUAGAUACGGCUACUUUAAAUGGAUCCCUUUCAACGGACGACGUAAAACUCGUCCGUUACGUUUGGAUGCUAGAACAGGGCGCCGUCGACGGGCUUGUAUUGGCUGGAGACGACACGCCCGUUUUAGAUGUGAAAAAUUUGAAGGAAGGCAUAUAUACGUUUGCCUUGACCGUGUUUGAUCAACUAGGGCAAACAGAUUCUGACAGAGUUAUGGUGAUAGUGUCAGCGAGGGACAAUCCGCCAGUCGCCAAUGCCGGGAGUGACGUAACAAUUCAACUUCCGGUCAACUCGGUGACGCUGGACGGCAGCAGAUCAACGGACGAUAACGGCGUUGCCCGUUACCUGUGGAGUGGCGACCGCCGCGUCCGGCUCGCUGACGUCAACUCAGUGCGUCCGCUGGUGGAAGGGCUAGUAGAGGGGGUGUACCGAUUCAACCUCACGGUGUUCGACGCCUUGGGGCAGGCGGAUGAAGAUUAUGUAGACGUGACGGUUAGAGCUGCUGAUAAGCCGCCGAAUGCUGUCGCCGGCGAAGACAUCGUUAUCACGUUGCCACGAAACUCCGUAACGCUUGACGGAAGUCGAAGCUCCGAUGACGUAGGCAUAGUGCGCUAUCGGUGGCGUCUGAGCGACGGAGACGAGAGAGCCGUGACGAUGAGAGGAGACAGGACAUCGGUUCUGCAGCUCACCGACCUGCGACCGGGCGCUUACACGUUCUCAUUGACCGUCGUCGACGCAAAGGGACAAAAUGACGUCGACAACGUUACUGUCAUUGUACAGCCCGCACCGACAACUCCUCAACCAGCGUGCGGACUUGCCGCCACUGACCUGGUGUUCGUCGUAGACGCGUCCACAAGCGUGACGGAGGCAAACUUCCAGAAGCAGCUGUUGUUUAUGAAGUCCAUCGUCGAGUAUGCCGAUAUUGACUCUGGGAGCGUUAGGGUAGGAGCGCUGAUAUACAGCACGGAGGUGGAGGUCCAGUUCUUCUUGAACCAGUACACGACCAAGCAAGCCGUCCUGGAGGCUGUGAGCAAGAUCCCCUACAUCUACGGCAGCACCAACACCGCGGACGGACUGAAAGUCAUGAGGGACCAGUUGUUCAGCUUUAGAAACGGCGACAGAGAUGACGCCACGAACGUCGCCAUGGUGAUAACGGACGGUGUCUCCAAUAUCAACUCUCGAAGAACCAUUCCGGAAGCCCAACAGUCACGUGACGUCGGAAUUCACAUUUACGCCAUCGGUAUCGGCCUUACGGAUACCAGGGAACUGGAGGCCAUGGCGUCGGAGCCGUCAGCGUCCAACACGUUCGCCGUCAGCGACUUCACGGAACUGCAGGGCCUGGAGAAGCGCAUCUUCCAGUCCAUUUGUAAAGAAACACCCGCCCCUGCUACCACUACCAUUAUGACCACUACACCAGCUCCAGUAGUAGAAAAGCCGUGCGGACUCGCAAAGACGGAUCUGGUUUUCAUUCUCGACGCCAGCACGAGCGUCACGGACGCCAAUUUCCAGAAGAUGCGAGAUUUCCUUAAGGAAUUCCUCUCCAACGCCGACAUCGACUCUGGUUCCAUUAGAGUCGGCAUUAACCUCUACAGCACCGACGUUGAAGUCCAGUUCCAUUUAAACCGGUACACCACAUCUCGUGACGUCAUGGCGGCUGUUGACCGCAUACCGUACAUCUACGGAUCGACCAACACGGCCGACGCGCUGAAGUCGAUGUCCGAGGUUAUGUUCACGCCCGCAAAUGGUGACAGGCCGGACGCCCCGAACGUGUGCAUCCUGUUGACGGACGGCGUGUCGAAUAUUAACAGCCGUCGAACGAUACCGGAAGCGGAAGCAGCCCGAGCCAAGGGCAUCCACAUGUACGUGAUCGGUAUCGCCCUCCAAGACACUCGGGAGGUGGAUGCCAUAGCCACGCCGCCGGCAGCCGACAACAGCUUCCACGUGGAGACCUUCGACCAACUGAAGGGCCUACAUAAGACGAUAUUCAGCGCCUCAUGCCCAGAGGAUGCACCACCUGUUGCGAACGCCGGCGCCGAUCAAACAAUUCAACUUCCAGACAACAGCGUCAAUCUAGACGGUUCUAGAAGCACGGAUGACGUCCGUAUCAUAACGUACCGCUGGAGGUUGACGUCAGGGGAUGACCGCGGUGUGCGUUUGACAGGCGACAGAACGCCAAGGUUGAACGUUAUCGGUUUGAAACAGGGCGAAUACGUUUUCACGCUUACGGUUGAAGACGGAAAAGAACAGUUGUCAACCGACGACGUCAGGAUUAUUGUUCAACCAUCGGACGCGCCACCAGUUGCAAACGCCGGUACAGAUCAGACCAUUCGUCUUCCAAGUAACAACGUCAUUCUAGACGGUUCAAGAAGCACUGACGACGUCAGGAUCAUAACGUACCGCUGGCGGCUUACGUCAGGGGAUGACAGCGGUGUGCGUUUGACGGGCGACAGAACGCCAAGGUUGAACGUUAACGGUUUGAAAGAGGGCGAAUAUGUUUUCCAGCUAACGGUUGAAGACGGAAAGGAACAGUUGUCGAACGACGAGGUCAGGGUGUUUGUGCAAGCAGUUCCUGACGCACCUCCUGUUGCGAACGCGGGCCCAGAUCAGACACUUCAACUUCCGACCAACCGCGCCAUUCUCGAUGGCACAAGAAGCACUGAUGACGUCAGAAUUGUGACGUACAAUUGGAAGCUGAAGUCGGGUGACGAUAGUGGAGUGCGCAUGACAGGCGAUAGAACGCCGAGGCUUAGCGUUGAAGGUCUUAAGGAAGGAGAAUACGUGUUUACGCUCACUGUGUCCGACGGAAAAGAACAGCUGUCGACUGAUGAGGCUAGAAUCGUUGUUCAAGCGGAACCCAACGCGCCGCCGGUAGCGAACGCCGGCCCAGACCAGACCAUCCGUCUGCCAGUGGACAACGUCGUUCUCGAUGGAAGCAAAAGCACCGACGACAAACGUAUCGUGACGUACCGCUGGAAGUUAACCACCGGAGACAGCAGAGGCGUGCGUUUGACGGGCGACAGGACGCCGCGAUUGAGCGUUGCCGGCUUGAAAGAGGGAGAAUACGUCUUCCAACUGGAGGUGUCCGACCAAAAUGAGCUUCUCGAUUAUGACGAGGCUAGAGUUGUUGUUCAAAGAGCCCCGCGAGUUACCGGCUAUGAUGUAAUUUUUGUACUGGAUUCUUCGGUAACCCCCGAGCAUUUCCGAUGGAUGAUCAAUUAUACCCGGGAUGCCGUCCGUCAAAUGAACAUUGAUGACGAAGAGUUUAGGGUCGGGUACCUGAUCUACAGCAACACUGGCUAUAAACAGUUUGACCUUAAAGACCAUUUGACGAAGGCAGAUGUUCAGGCGGCCGUUAACAGGGUUGUGUACAGACCAGGCACUAAAAAUACCGCCGCGGCCUUAAAGCAUGUACGUACCAAGAUGUUCACUCCAGAGAACGGGGACCGGGGAUUUCGCCAAGAAUUACAUCAUCCAUUUGACCGGAAACGGCACGAGUGA